AUGUCGACGCGUCCUAGGCCCCGACCGCGUCGCUUAGCCGCUACCUCCGAAGCUCCCGCCACAAGUCCUUCGGCGGCCACCUCUACCCCGCCGCCUGUUGUCACUCAAAUUGCUGCUGAAGACGAAGAUGCUAUGUUCAUUCGGAACCGUGGGCGUACAGCGCAAACAUGGAAGAAGUUAAAACAAGCUGCAGAGACGAAGGAGCUCGUUCGUCAGGUCAGCGGCUCAGAAGAGGGUAGUUCGGACCGCGAAAACUCUACUCCUCGUCGAUGGAAGCCGAAGAAGAAAAAGUAUGGCAAAGAAGAAGGAACCCUUCCGGAUUGGACGAAAGAUUCGGCCAGGGCGAAGUCGAUUUUGACCUCUGAUGAUGAGGACGACAUCAUCAUUCUAUCCCAUACGGAGGCCAAACGCAUAGCUAAUAAACGCCAGAAGGUCGUUGCUGAGACGACCAAUGACAGGAAACGCCCACGGAGUCGUUCAAGAUCUAUUACACCACCCCCGGCUGUCCCUUUGGAAGCGAUGCGCAAUGCUCGAGACGCAGUUCGACAAUUUCUUGGUGCUGUGUCUCGCUCUGAGUCCCCACCUGUCGAUUUCGCGGAUGACUCGACAGACACAAUUGUAUUAGAUCCGGAAUUAGCAUCCAUUGCACAGCAAAUGAAGUCGCAAUCUUCGCAACUUCGGUUUGGUGGGACGUCCUCUCCUCCGGAUACUGGUGGACCACCUACUGUGACCCUGAAAGUUAGAUGGGUACCGCAUCCUCAAGACAAAUCGUCGCAGACGUGGACUCUGCCAUUCCAACUGAACAGGCACCAAUCUUUCCAAUCAGUCUUUUCAGCAACUGCGGACGAAGCGUCUGUUACAGUAGAAAGCAUGAUAGUCACCUAUGACAAUCGGCGCGUCUUUCAAUCGGCCACGCCGCAUAGUUUACACGUAUGGGCGGAGGCAGAGCUCGAGGCAUACACUGUAGCGACAUAUGAGUACCUCCAAACCAGUCGACGUCAGCGAUCAAUUUCAGUUCAACCAGAGGGCUUGGACAAACCGGCAACUGCAGAAGCUGUAUCUAUCACCGAAGAUGAAUCGGAGCCAGAGACUGGAAACGAGUCCGCGUCUGAAGAAGACAAGUUCAAACUGACGUUGCGGUCAGGGAAAACUAAAGACAUUGUGCUCACUGUACGUCCGUCGACGACGUGCGGUGCCAUUGUCAAAGCCUUUUUGAAGAAAGCGGGACUAGCUGAGCAGUUCGAGACGGCUGGGGCGUCGGCGAAUAAGGGCAGAGGGAAGAAAGCUAAAGCUCCUGUCGGACCUAUGCUCAUGCUCGACGGUGACAAACUGGAUUCAGCGUCUGCAAUUGGCGAUGCGGAUCUGGAGGAUGGCGAUUUAGUAGAAGUCGUCGGGUUUUAA